AAGACAAUCUGAAAAAACUGGACACAAAUAAAUAAAAAGUUGUUUAUUAAAUAGAUUGUAUUGCUAACAACUUUUAAAUAUGUUGACAAAUGCUCCAGCAAGUAGUGUGCCAGACAAGGCGUGGCAACCUCAUUUUGUGACGCUGGAAACGACCAUGGGCGAAAUAACAGUGGAGUUGUAUUGGAAACACGCGCCAAAUACAUGUUACAACUUUGCAGAACUAUCCAGAAGGGGCUACUAUAACAACGUGAUCUUCCAUCGCAUCAUUCGUGAUUUCAUGAUACAAGGUGGAGAUCCAACGGGAACUGGACGCGGCGGAGCCUCAGUUUAUGGCUCCGAGUUUGCAGAUGAGCUGCAUAGCGAUUUAAAGCAUACGGGCGCUGGUAUACUCUCCAUGGCUAACUCUGGCCCCGAUUCAAAUGGCUCCCAGUUCUUUAUUACGCUAGCGCCCACGCAGUGGUUGGACAAUAAACACACAAUCUUUGGCCGGGUUUACACUGGCAUGGAGGUGGUGAAACGCAUUGGAAUGGUGGAAACGGACAAGAACGAUCGGCCAGUUGAUCCGCUGCGCAUCAUCAAAGCCAAGGUUGAGAAACUGUAAGCUCAAAUUGUAUUUAAACUUAGGAAUGUUUUUUAUUUGCAUAAAAUAAGAAUGUUUAAUGUAAUAAGUGUGUUCAAAUUUAUUUAUUUUACCACUAAUUAUUUUUUGGAUAAA